UGAGUGUUAGAUUUUCAUUUACUUGGUUAUGUCAUCAUCAUCAUCAUCGUCACACGUAUUAUAUCAUUUGAUCAAACGCCUUUCUUUUAUAAAAUGCAGCUCAAAGUGUUUUGAAAUACAUUAUUACAUGAAUAAAAACAAGUAAGACCAGUGCAUCACUGUUUUUUAACAAUGUGUGGCAGAAAAAAUCCAAGAUAUUUUUAAAUCAAAUGUAGUAAAAAAGAAGAAUAGGAUCAAUAAAAUGAAAGAGGUAGAACAGGAGGACAAAACAUUCAUGUUUCUCUGCUUUUUAUUCGUUUAGGAUGCGUUUCCUUCAUUUUUGGAGUUUUGGUUCAGCAAUUAUUAAAAACGUCUGAAAUCUAAUAAGAAUUUCACUGCAUUAAAGUAAAAACAUCGUGUUUUUAAUAAACAAUUGAUCACAAAAAAAGUAAAGACAUUGUCACAGGCAGAAAAAGAGGCCGAUUCCUCGUGUGAUUGUCUGAAUAAAUGAGAUUUCUGAUUUCAACAGUGUUUAUUUCUCACAAUAAUAACAACAUAAGCUUCUUUUUACAACCUCACCUUGAAGCAGCAGAACAUUAGUGAAGGUUGGACACGUACACCGUUCACCUCAAAGAAAGAGCAGCGAUGAGUUCCCUGGACGACGCCAGUCCCGUCCGAGUGUCGGCUGACUGCGCUCUGCAGAGUCCGGCUGAACACAUCACACAGGUGAUAACACAGGGGGCGCAGAAUCACUUCACAGAGGUGAUUGAUGUGACGUCAGCAGGAAUGAAAUCCCUCUCUUUUGUUCGACAGGUGUUGGCAGCGUGUCUGUGUCCACAGCUGCUCACAGACCACAGUCUCCCUCAGGACGUCAGACUCAGAGCUCAGUGUCUCCUGGACGCCUGUGAUGGAGGAAGUGUGGGUUCCUAUAGUCCCUCAGCUGGAAUAACUCACGUCAGACAAAGCAUCACAGAUUUCAUCACCACACGAGACGCUGGUGUUCCUUCAUACAGCAAAGACAUCUUCAUUUGUGUUGGUUCUCAAGGCGCACUAAUGCUGCUUGUGAAGCUGCUGGCCCGCGGUGAGGGUCAGACUCGCACCGGCGUGUUGACCCCUGUGCCCUGCUCGCCCACGCUGCCGCUGCUGCUGGACGCCGCCGGCGUGAAGCUGCUGCCGUAUCAGCUGACAGAGGAGCGAGGCUGGGCCACGGAGGUGGACGAGCUGCGGCGAGCGCUGACGGCGGCCAGAAGUCACUGUGAGCCCCGAGCCAUUUACAUUAGCAACCCCGGAAACCCCACAGGACAUGUGCAGGACAGAACAUCGAUAGAGGAAGUGAUUGAGUUCGCUGCAGAUCAGGGACUCGUGCUGUUGGCUGAUGAGGUGUACCAGGACAGCGUGUACGGGCCGCACGCUCACUUCAUCUCCUAUAAGAAGGUCCUGUUUGAGAUGGACCCGGAACUCUCACAGACGGUGCAGCUGGUCUCCUUUCACUCGUUAUCCAGUGGCUGCAUGAGAGAGUGUGGUCUGAGGGCAGGUUACAUGGAGGCAAUCAACCUGGACCCGGAUGUGAUGCAUUACUUUGACGUCAUGUUGUGCUUUGACAUCAGCGCUCCGAUCACAGGACAGCUCGCUCUGGACCUCAUGGUCCGUCCACCUAAACCUGGAGAGCCGUCCUAUGACACGUACACACAGGAAAUUCUCCUCACUAAAGCCACUUUGUCCCAGAAUGCUCAGCGGGCGUGGCAGGUCCUGAACGAUCUACCGGGGAUGAGUUGUCAGCCUGCGAUGGGCGGAAUCUACCUGUAUCCCAGGCUGCAUUUACCACCUGAGAUUAUAGAGCAGGCCAAGGUGUUGCAGGUGGAGGCUGACGUUCUCUUCUGUCAGAUGUUGCUGCAGGAAGAGGGCGUGUUAGUCGGAACCGGUUGUCACCGCGACGGAGACCCUCGCAGACAUCAUCUGAGGUUGUGUGUCCUUGUUCCGGCCGACGCUCUGGAGGAGGCUCUGGCUCGUCUCCGCUCUUUCCAGCUCCGUCUCAUGGGCAGAUUUCCUCACGCAAACAAAGGUGUGAAGGACAAACACAGAGAGACCGCGAUGAGCGUGAACCUCAGAGAGCCGCCGCGUGGAAAACACAUUUAAUGGGACGACUUCUGGACACUGUCUUCUUGCACUUUCUGGUGCUGGCAUUAAAGUUCUGUUCAGACAUUUAGAGACAAAAGGACCAACCUGAAAUGGUUCUUAGUCCUGAAAAGGGAUUUUAUUUUUGAUUGAUAUGGUGACUGUAAAAACAGCCAUCUGCUUUCUGCUUUGACUAAAAUGCAAAACCUGUGAAUUCAUUGCAAGAGCAACACAAGCUCUUGGAGAUGUGGACGGACGGAGAGAAGUUCCAUGACCUCCGUACAUGUCAGGAUCAUACAGUGCUGUGCAAAAGUCUUUAUUGGCCACCGUCAGAUUUGUUGUUUUCAUGACAAAAAGACAACAAUAAUAACAAUAAUAAUAAUAAACCUAAAAUCAGUGACAAACCAAUGAUUUAAAUUCUAUUUUAAAAUGAUCCUGGGAAAGCAGAUCUUGGAUGUUUCAGGGUGUUCUGUUGUGUAUAUUCAGCAGAUGAAGAAAUCUAAUUUCCUCAUUUUUUAUCUUGAUUGAAAGAUAAAUCCCAGAAGCAAACUCAACAAAAGAGAAGCUUCUUUAAAAAAAUGCUGUGUCACAGUAUUACUCAGCCUAAAACGGCUCAUGUCACUCCUCAUGCUGCAAGACUUCACCGGUACUAUUUUGAAGUCCUUGCCAGAAGAAUGUAAGAGUGGGACAGCAUGAGGUUGUUGUCCCGUCUGUUUGGACUUUUGCUUCAGUGUUAUGAAAAAUCUCUCUACAAUUGUGAGGCUGUAGUGGUGGUUUGUGUAUUAAUUAAUUGUUUGUCCAGUCUUCAGGUGUAAUUACAGUUCCCAAUUCUUUUUCCUAUUUCGCCUUGAUAUGGUUUGUUGAAUGGCCUCUUUGUUCAGCUAUAUGUUGAUAUAGUUCGCCAGUGAUCCUUCCGGACAGUUUGGUGUUCUAAGCUUUGAUAAACAUGUUAUGUAUUACGAAGUUA